AUGAUCUCCGAGCUCCCCGAGUACAUUUUCCGGCUUUCGUUCUUAGAUUUAGUUCUCCUCCUGAGUACGAAAGCCCUGCGAGACGAGUGGCUGCUUUUAGGAGCCUGCCGUCUUCCCACCUCAUUCCGGUUCAUCUUUCAAGGAGACAGUGCUGACCCUGCACUCGAAUCAAAACAAGGCUGCCGCCUCUAUUCAAUUGUUCCCGGAUGGACGUUAGUGGUGUGGCGAGGUGAACCGGAAUUGGUCCUGAAUCGGCAUGUAUGGGCUCUCAUUGCAUCGGUUUUUGCCAAAGAAACAGAACAAAAGGACAUGGCGGCGCCCGCUCAGCUCAUUGAUUAUGUGGCUGCAGAACGGCUUACCACGUUGUUCGAUGUUGCGGCGGCGAUGCUGUUGGUAUACGACUGCUCACUGACGUUGGGCAUGGAGAUUGAGUUUGUGUGGUCAUCGCCAUGGGGGUAUAUGACAGUGCUUUAUAUCGUUCAACGAUAUUUGCCUUUCUGUGACGCUAUUUUUCUCUGUCUGCCUCCCCAAUUGGCGAUAAAUAUCGACCCAUAUGGUUGCCUUAUCGUUCAAACGAUACGAGGAUGGAUGAUGAUUUUUGGCUGGAUUUUGUCCGAAGCAAUCUUGACCCUGCGCGUAUGGGCAGUAUGGAAACGAGAUCGGCAUAUGGGUGUCUUUCUGAUAUUCCUAAUUACGCUUAGUGUUUGA